AUGGUGUUAGCCUGGUUAUGGGCGUCGGCACAACACAAGCAGGGUGAACGUGGUCUUGCUGCUGCUGGCGCUUGUUUUAUUUGCGUCCUAGUGCUGGCGUUUUGCGUCUCCGUUAGUCAUUCCAUAGUUUUAAUGUCUGCAAUGUGGAUUUCAAUAUUCGCGCUGUGUUCGUUGUUGUCGACUCUCUAUUCCAUGACAAUUACCCAUAAGCCUAUGGAGAAAUUCAGCUACGGUUUAGCUCGUGUUCCUGUCUUGGCAGUUUUCAGUACCACGGUGCUUGCGCAACUAUUUUCCAUUUUUCUCUCGAAAGAAUCAUUCGAACAUUUACUUUCACCUGAACAUCAGGGUUCACACGAUGCGUCUGCUGCUCACGAACAUGAAAUCGAAAGUGUUGGUAAAUGGCCGUAUUUCGUUGGUGCUAUUUCCUCCUCGUGUGCUCUUCUCCUAUCUGCUUACAGCUUGAAGAAUCAGCCAUUUCAGCAUGUUCUUACUGCUUCAAGCAGUUCAAGUCUACAGGAGCAUGCCGCUGAUAUUUGUCACGCUAUUUGUUGGAUCAUUCCUGGUCUAUCCCGUCUUCUUCUACCGCGGAUCAAUUCGAUGGCUUUGUUAGCUGUCGUGACGAGCACCAUGCUUGUUCUUUGUGAACAUUUCAGACAUGACUUCGUUUGGGCAGAUCCUGUGUGUUGUUUAAUUCUAUCUGUAGCGGUUUUCUCCACAAUGUGGCCAUUGUCAGUCUACACGGGAAUGAUAUUAUUGCAAACUGCUCCACCUCACCUCCUAAAUCAGAUUGAUAGGUGCAUUUCUGAAGCUUCGACUAUCGACGGUGUACUUGAAAUUCGUUCUCGCCAUUUCUGGCAGUUGGAUUUUGCACAAUUGGUUGGCACAGUGGAUGUGAGGGUCCGAAGAGACGCAGACGAGCAAAAUGUUCUAACACUCGUUACCGACAAGAUGUCAUCCGUUGUUAGCAUGCUAACAGUACAGAUUGUCAAAGAUGCAGGCUGGCGUAACAUGGAAAACAUGGACCCGGUCCAUCACGCUGAGGGUUUUUCUCAUGACCAUGAACAUGGUCACGGAAAUAGUCACGAUCACGGACAUAGCCACGAUCACUCACAUAACCACGACCAUAAUAAUGAAGUGAAUCGACACUCACAUUCAAACGGCGGUGGUCAUGGACAUUCGCAUGGCUUUGAACCUCAGCUGAGUGCAUACGGUGGUAAUCCCGGAGCAAAUGUGCAUCAUGGCAAUGAGAAUCCGUUAAAUGAUCCGCAAAGCAUGAAUAGUUUGCCUGGAUAUAGUGUAGGUCAUGGCCACAGUCACGAUGUCCUUGGUAGUUUUCUCUGUCACCAUUACUGUGACGCUUCUACCGUAGCACAUGCACUUUCUCUGCUAGACCUGCACUCUCAUCAUCUCUCUAUCCUGUUCAAUUCGAACGAUAAUCGCAAUCGCUUGGGCAAAGAUAGCGGCGCGAAACUACGACUGACUCGCAUUCUGCAUUCUUUUUUUCUUAUUAUGAUCCUCAUCGACUGUGAUUUUUCCAUGUUAAAACUGGAGCGGUAUAAAAGGAUGAUUCGUGCGCCGUGUAGAUUCGCUCAUACAGCAGCCGCCCGAAAAGCGCUGCUGGAGAGAAUUAUUCGUGUGGAUCACGCUGGAGAGUUGGGAGCUGACCGAAUUUACGCCGGACAGCUGGCUGUACUCGAAGGUACUUCUGUCGGACCUGUGAUCAAGAAAAUGUGGAAGGAGGAGCGUGAGCAUCUGGACACAAUGGAAAGGCUUGCAGCUAAGCACGAAGUACCGCAUACUGUCUUCUCGCCCGUAUUCAGCGUUGCCGCCUAUGCCUUAGGUGUUGGAAGCGCACUUCUUGGUAAGGAAGCAGCUAUGGCAUGUACUGUCGCUGUAGAAGAACUGAUUGGCCAACACUACAAUGAUCAAUUGAAAGAUUUACUGGCAGACGAUCCUGUCGCUCACAAAGAGCUCUUGGAAACGUUGAGCAAAAUGCGGGAUGACGAGUUGCAUCAUCACGAUACAGGUGUUAAGCACGAUGGAUUGAAGGCACCCAUGUAUGACGCACUGAAAUGGGUGAUUCAAACCGGAUGUAAAGGUGCAAUCUUCAUUGCUGAGCGAAUCUGA